AUGUCGCUUAGCAGUUUCAUAAUCGUCUCUAUAGAAGCGGCCGUGGCCAUUCUGGUUGGGUAUCUACUGGUUAACGAGUUCAUCCGCUGGAACCGACGCAUCAAAGGCCUGCCAGGACCCCAAGGGCUGCCGGUCAUCGGCAACUUACGCCAGGUCACUCAAUCGUUCUCGGCCGAGCAAUAUCGCCAAUGGUCAGCGGAAUACGGACCCGUAUAUCAAGUUCAACUUGGUAAUAUUCCUGUUGUGAUCGUUAACACGGCCGAAUCAGCGAAGUCGCUCUUUCUGAAUCAAAGCUCGGCUUUGAUUUCACGCCCUCUUUUUCAUGUCCUCCAUAAGACGGUGAGUAAGAGCGUCGCCAGUAUCGGGACUAGUCCGUGGGAUGAGAGCUGUAAGUUCCGGCGCAAGUUGGCCGCUGGAGCGUUGAAUCGUCCGAAGGUUCAGUCAUAUGAGCCAAUCAUUAUACUGGAAACUAGGGAAUUUAUUCAAGAGCUACUGCACGCAUCACGCGAGAAUGCCGAGGUGGAAUUUCACUCGACGAUACAUCGCCUGUCCCUCAAUUUGGUGCUGACAUUGAAUUAUGGCACACGAGUCUCGAGCACAAAAGAUCUUCAAGAAGAUUCUCUCUAUGCGGAAAUUGUCGCUGUCGAGACCGAGAUCUCGCGAUACAGGUCAACAUCCAAGAAUCUCACCAAUUACAUCCCCCUUCUUCGACUGCUUGAGCCGAUUUUAUGGAGAACGGCUGCUGCAUACUCGGCACAGAUUGGUCAACGUCGGAUCGCGUAUAACGAUCAAUUGCUGAAUCGGUUGAAAGAAGCCGUGAACAAUGUUACCGAUAAACCCUGCAUUCAGGGGAAUGUGUUGCGAGAUCCGGAAGCUGUUGGGCUCUCGAGUAAGGAGCUGCUGAGUAUUAGUUUGAGUAUGAUGGCGGGUGCAGAUAGCACGCAGCCUACCAUCGCGUGGGCGAUCCUUUUCUUGGCACAUAACCAAGACAUUCAACAACGCGCAUUUGAUGAACUCCAAAAAGCUGAAGCCCUCAUUGGAGGGCACGUUGAGACACAGGAAGUCGAAUAUAUCCAUGCUUUGACUAAAGAGUUGAUGCGCUUCUACACGGUCUUGCCACUCGCUAUGCCCAGGGAAACGACAGAGUCGGUACAUUUCGAAGGAAGUACAAUUCCAGCCGGAACUAUGGUGUUUCUGAACGCAUGGGGAUGCAAUCGAGAUGGCGACGCAUUUGCCCACCCCUGGAUUUUCAAACCGGAACGAUGGCUCGACAAUGCCGAAAAACAUACACACCAGUUCGCUUUCGGCUAUGGAUCACGGAUGUGCAUAGCCUCGCAUCUAGCAUUUAGAUUGGUCUAUACAGCUGUGUUUCAUUUGAUUGCUACGUUCGAGAUCUAUCCUGUGGAUGGACAAGGUAAAGACGCUGCUGAUCCGAUUAGAGGCAUUAAGGAUCCUACUUCCAUUACAGCUGUUCCAAAGGCAGGAAAGGCUAGAAUGGUCGCAAGAGAGUGGAUAAAGUGA